GAGACUUCUUGUCCUCCAUCUCCAGAUAGACCAGCUUGUGAAGUUCCUUAGUUGUGUACUUCUGGCUACCAAUCAUAUUAUAUCUCUCAUCUUAGCCAAUGGGGGUAAAGCAAACUAGUUGGCUGGGUGUGUUGAGUUGGAGUUUAAACUUUGGACCCGAGAAGAAGAGCUGAGAGAUACAGUGGAGACUCUUUAGGAACGUAGAAAAAGCUACUGGAUAUUUUGGGGGAUCUUUGUUGUCUUUGUUGUCUCUGGUGUGCCACGCAAACAGAGAAAUUAUGGAGCAUUACCCAGAUCAGGGUUGUGAUGGCAUCGAGCUGCUGGACUGGCUGUUUGAUCAAAACGAUGGAAUUCUCCGUCACGAAGAAACACAACACCACGGAAACCAUAACACCUGGCCAAUCCAGGACCCGAAUGUUUUCACCCAGCAGAUGCUGCAGCCGCCCAAACAGGCAGACGAUGACUUCCUCAACGCCCUCCUGAGUGGAAGCGAUUCUGUGUCAGGCUCGCCUCUCUGGUCCCCAUCUCCCAGUGACAGUGGGAUCAGUGAGGACCCUCCCUCAGACCAGAUGGACAGUCCGCAGCGCCCCGAGAGCCCGCCCGGAGACGCUCAGUACUUCAGUAAGAGGCCACAUACAAAGGCAGCCCUGGAAGCCAACGUCUCCAUUGACCUCGAUGGCUGGGAACCCGGCUUCCCAACGGGCAGGACGAGGAUUACACAAUAUCCCUCUGAUGUUCAUAGACCACAGUUCUCCUCUGGCUUCCCGCUAACUGUCAAAGAUCUGCUACUGUCUGGCACACCAGAGCCAGCCCCACAGCCAUCCCAACAGUCUAUUCAAGAGUUGAUUCUCAAUGAAGAUGAGAAGAAGCUCUUAGCAAAGGAGGGGGUGACUCUGCCCAGCCAACUACCUCUGACAAAGUAUGAGGAAAGGAUUCUGAAGAAAAUACGCCGAAAGAUUCGCAAUAAGCAGUCGGCCCAGGAGAGCAGGAAGAAGAAGAAAGAGUAUAUUGAUGGGUUGGAGAGCAGGAUGGCUGCCUGCAGUGCACACAACCAGGAGCUGCAGAGGAAAGUUUCACAGCUAGAGAAAUGCAACAUGUCACUAAUGGAACAGUUGCGCAGGCUACAGGCUCUGGUCAUGAAUACAUCUAACAAGCCAGCACAGACUGGGACAUGUGCACUGGUGCUUCUGCUGUCCUUCUCCCUAAUCCUUUUCCCCAACCUCAAGCCCUUCUCUGACACCAAGGUCAGCCAAGGAGACUUCAGUCCAGUCAGAAUCCAGUCACGGUCCCUGCAUAACCUCCAGGCUUCCCGUGUGCGGCAUGUCAUUGACGCCCCAUUCUCCGCUGAGGAUGAAUCGGAGCCUCUGCACCGGCAUUUCCCAGGAGACCAGGGACUGGAUGAUAUUACCACACUGAUGGGAAAGCUGGAAGUGAACCAAGAGCGGUCAGGUUUGGGAACCAUGUCUCUAAACAGCAGUCAGGAGGAAAGAAUCAGUCAUUUCCAUGUAGACCCAAUAACUGGUCACAUAGCCACUGUGACCCUGGAUCCCCACCGCUCUGCCAAGCUGCGACCACAUGCUGACGACAUGUAAGAGAAAUGAAGAAAUUAUCUCCACGUGAAUUCCCCAAAUUGUCCUCCUGCAAAUGGUAGAGCAGGGAAUUAUCUGGGGCUGCUGUUUACACAGACAGGGAAAUUAAGUUUGAAUCAUUCCUGUUUUGCCUAUAAUAUAUAUUUAGUCUGUAUGCCUUUGAAUGUUUUGUGAUACUGUUUUACUGUAUAACAGCGUAUGGAUUUGAAUCUUACACUGAAAUUGCCUGUCAAGAUAAACUGUUGUCUCCAUGACUUUGAUAAAUUGCCAGUGUAAAUUACUGUGUUUGAGACUGUCAAAAACUGGGUAAAUAGAGCUGUGAUGAUGUGUACAGUUUUGAUUUCAACGGAUAAUUCGUAAAAUGUUAAAACAUUUUGAAACUAUGUUUUCACCGAAGAAUUGAUUGGAACUUUUUAGAUUUACUCAUGGGUAAAACUGCCUCAAAUAAAAGAUGUCAAAACGAGUUCGAGGUGAAGUUUCAGAGCUUUCAUCAUUCAAAAGUGACUCAAAGCACAAGGUGCAAUAUUUACCUCGACAGUGCUGCCUGAACAGAUGUGGUGUCAUAUAAGGAUGUGAUCCAAUGUGUAUACAAGUCAUCUCAGCGCUCACCGUGUCUGGGUCGUCAGUACAGACCACACAGUGAUGAGAUGGAAGCGCUCUUAACCUUGCUGCCACUUCGGGCAGAAUUUUGCCGAACAUUUAAGGUCUGACAUGUUCAGACUGACAAUUUCUGUGGUUCCCCAGACUUAAGUUGUGAUUGAAGCAGCCCCUGUAAAAACUGACUGGUCAUUUUUUCACUGAACAGAAGAAUAACAAAACAAGAGGAAACCACCACUAUGGUUUCACAUUAAAACAAAUUCAUCCCAAAAUAACAAGUCGCCAUAAAAAUAUUGCAUUAUCCCUGACACAUGGUUUUUUAA